AUGGGCAUUAAAGGGCUUCAUGGCCUGCUCAAAUCCAUACAAAAACCGUGUCACCUCAAAAAGUUCAGUGGGCAGACCCUGGGAAUCGAUGCAUAUGGAUGGCUACAUCGAGGCACCGUCGCCUGCGCGGUGGACUUGGUUUUGGAAAGGCCUACUAGGAAACAUAUCGAUUUCGUCUUAAACCGAGUCCGCAUGCUCCUCUACUUCGGGGUGACACCAUAUCUUGUUUUCGACGGCGAUGAGCUGCCGAGCAAGGCUGGUACCGAGGUGGAGCGUCAAAAGAGACGGCAGGACAGCAAAGCCCUCGGCUUGGAACUCCAGCGAAAGGGGCGGAUUGCAGAGGCAUACCAGGAACUGCAGAAGGCCGUCGACGUGACGCCCUUGAUGGCCCGGGAGUUAAUAGAGGAGCUGAAGAAGAUAAACGUCCAAUACGUCGUGGCUCCGUACGAGGCAGACGCACAACUGGCUUAUCUGGAACGACAAGGCGUUAUCUCUGGUAUCAUUUCAGAGGAUUCUGAUCUGCUCGUCUUUGGCGCAAAACGGUUGUUGUCCAAGCUCGACCAACAUGGCGACUGUAUUGAGAUCAAUCGUGCUGACUUCUCGGCCUGUCGAGAGGUAAGUCUGAUCGGAUGGACCGAUGAUGACUUUCGACGGAUGUGCAUUCUCAGUGGCUGCGAUUAUCUUCCCAAUAUUGCACGGCUAGGGUUGAAGACAGCCUACCGAAGCAUUCGAAAGUACAAGAACGUAGAACGGGCGUUGCGGAUGCUUCAGUUCGACGGUCAAUACCACGUUCCCUCUGAUUACCUGGACAACUUCAGACAGGCAGAGCUUACGUUUCUUUAUCAGAGAGUUUUCUGUCCGAAAGCUGGGAAACUGGUUACCCUUACACCUCCUGAGGCCGAAAUAAUUCUAGAAGAUCUCACAUUUAUCGGUGGUGACGUGGAACCUGACAUUGCGGUCGGAGUUGCGCGUGGUGAUUUGGACCCAACGACCAAGGAACCUCUUGUACUAAAGCCAUCGCUCGCAGCUAAACCGGCCGAUAAGAGGCUGACCAACACGAUAAGUCGUCGACAGACCCUGGGCUCGUCUGCUGAACUCAAGCCAAACAAGCCCAUUAAUUCCUUCUUCACCCCCAAGCGCGUUCCUCUGGCAGAGUUGGACCCGAAUAGCCUCAGUCCCUCUCCCAGCCAACAACGGCUGCUACAACGUCAUGCCAACAGCUCUUGGGACAGUGUUCCGGCGCCAUCACGGCCAGCACUCAUAAGAUCUGCGUCAUCAGUCGGAUCGUCAAAUCGGGCUUCUAGCCCUUUGAUUAGAAGUGUGGAGCGUAAUGCCUUCCUGGCACACGCCUCCAGAACAUCGAAUUUGCAGCCCGCUAAGCGGCAGCGACUAUGUUCUGAUGCAGAGGAAGCCAACCUCCCCAAUCCGCCGGAUUGCCGCAGCAGAUUCUUCUCCGGUAGUGUUGACGAUUCUAGUCCAAGUGCACAGAAGGCCACCCGCACAAAGAAGGCUCGAAAGUCUACCUUGGACGUUUUCUCGGAUGACUCUGCAGAAGACCUCAUGACACAGCUACCAGACCCGAGCCACGCGACUGAAACCCCUAGAGUUGAGAUACAGAUAAUUGGUGAUAAUAAUUCAUCCAUCAGUGGCAGGUCCAUUCAGACGCCUGCCGCAGCUACUUCUGGGUCCGGUGCUUCUGAAUCGCCUGCGGCAAACUGCAAAGACCCAACCGAGAAGCAGAGUUUUUCCACUGCUGAACAAGCUUCGGAGAAGAGAUCGAAUGCUGUCGACGACAGUCCUACACCAGACCUUGUGCCUAAUGCAAACUCUGCGACGCUUUCAAAGUACGUCUUCCAGGCCGGAAAUGUUUCUGUGAGUCCUCGAAAUGAUAAGCAUGGUGGUAAGGGCCACCAGUCGGGUUCCUUGGAUGAGCACAUGGUGCCUACAGGGGUGCGGCACGGCUUGUUGGGCCACUCUCCCAGACGUCAGCGGACGACACCAUUGCAACGGCUGGGCCAAAGCGCCUUGGCUCGGUCUCGAUCACUCAAUUGUGUUUCUCCCUCCCUGGCAGCAUUUAGAGCUUCAGAAACACCGACAAAGAGCCCUGCAGUUGCAAAGCUUGACUCCAACCCAGUGCGAAGUCUGGCAACACCCAGUCAAGGCAGUGAAGACAUGAUUAUUCCGGAUAGUGAAGAUGAAGAAUCCGAGGGCGAGACCCAAGCCCCAGUGGGACUUGCCUCAUUUGAUGUGCGACGAUUCUCGUUUAUGGGUAAAUAG